GAGGAGGUCCAGUCACGCGAGCUAGGGCUAAGAAGAUGCGUGAAGCUUUAAAUGGCCUUAUUGAGCAGAUCUGGGUUGAAAACAACAUACAACAAGCAAAUCGAAGCUUGGAUGAUUAUCAAGGCAUGGUAAACAUCAUUCAGGUUCAAGAGAAGCUUAGUUAAGGGCUUGUAACCCUAAUGGGGGGAGAAUUAUUGAAUCUGAGAUUUUGAGAGACUUUUCUCUUUGGUUCGUUUCAGAACUUUACAGAACUUAUCAAGAUAAUUCUUGUGGUGUUCUAGCCUGACUUAUCAUUCUCGUUCUUUCGAGGGUGUGGCGUCAACCAACUUUAUACCUCUGGUUCUUGUUGCGUCAUAGACAACGGGUCAAGGUUCUUACCUUUGGUUCUUGUUACAACAUAAACAACGGAUCAAGGUCUUAUUAUAAACCUGAUUUAGCUUU